AAGACGUCUGCCAAGAGGCCGCCGAGGGCCACCUCCAGGGACAAGGUGCUUCUGCCAGCGCCGGAGCCCUCCCAGUUGGAGCCUCAGUCUCCAACCCCCCUGGAGACAUCUGGAUGUGCCCCGUGGGAGGACGUUUUGUGUCAGGCUUUUUCUGAUGUCUUGCUUGAUGUGGAAGAUGUAGAUGCAGAAGAUGGUGCUGACCUGAGCCUCUGUAGUGGCUAUGUGAAGGACAUCUACAAGUAUCUGAGAGACCUUGAGAAGAAACAACCUGUCAGACCCAAAUACCUGGCCGGCUAGAAAAUCACUGGGAACAUGUGUGCCAUACUAGUAGAUUGGCUUGUGCAAGUACAGAUGAAAUUCAGACUCCAGCAGGAGACCUUGUACAUGGUGGUUUCUAUCAUUGAUCGCUUCCUGCAGGACAAUGCUGUUUCCAAGAAGAUGUUCCAGCUGGCUGGUGUCACAGCUAUGUUCAUUGCCAGCAAAUACGAAGAGAUAUUCCCCCCACAUAUUGAAGACUUUGCCUAUGUGACUGCUAACACUUACACAAAGUUCUAAAUCUGCCAGAUGGAAAUGAAGAUCCUGCGAGCUCUGGACUUUAGUCUGUCUCUCCCUCUCCCUCCGCCCUUCCACAGGAGGGCUUCAAAGAUUCCAGAA